AUGAACGGCCAAGUCUCAGAUGGGUUCCUUCACGCUCUGGUAGCCGUAGCCGUGCGGUAUGUUCCUGAUGCUGAGGGUGGAAGCAAGACAGACCAGGCCGCGCAUCAUUUGGGAGUUUCUGAGCAAUGCGCCGAUCUGAACGAUAUGUCCAUGGAAACUGUGCAGACCCUAACUCUACAAGCCAUGUGUCUAAUAUCUCUUGGCCGCGGGUCUGCAGCUUGGAUGAAGAUUGGCACGGCUAUCCGCAUGGGUCAAGGCAUGGAGCUGCAAAGACAAGCCAUUUCUGACCAUGCAUCAUCUCCUUUGAAAGUUAACCUAGCCCGACAGUGUACCCUUGCACUGUAUGCAAUGGACCGUUUCAGCGUUUGCGGGUCAAAUCGGCCGAUGAUGAUCAGCGACGACUGGGUUCAAGGGUCAAGACAAUCGAGUGACCGGUCUGGCCUCAGCGCAUUUACAAGGUUAGAUCAGCCAUCCUUUCGAAAUACUGAUCAAGGGCAAGUAAUUCACGACCUAUUUGCGGAUAUCCUCAGACUCCUCGGUCAAUCGACCCGAUACCUUCAGAAGGGCGGCGUUCAGGGCGACAGUCAUUUUCCGUGGCAUCAACACUCAAUCCUCUCAAAGCUAGUUGGAGAGUUGACCGAAUGGAAGACCCGGGUUGAUGCAGCUAUUCCAUUUCACACUCUUGACUACUCCAAUAGCAUCAACGUCAACUGGCUCUGCCUGAGCUGGUUUUCGUAUCAUGCCAUUCUGGUCCGCCUGUACCGACAGUUUCUGCCGUUGAUCAUGGUGGAAAACGCAUCGGAUUAUACAUCAGACGCAUGGCAGAAGGAGACUUCAAGAAAAUGCGUCGAACAUGCGAUUAAAAUGGCCGAGUUAUGCGAUGAAGCCACAGGGCAUGGCUACUCGUGGCCUUUCUUCACGUCGUUUUGCCUCGCAUCCGCAGCUACGGUACUCAUACACGCCAAAUACUACGAUUUCGUAACUGGAAGCGUUGAGUAUCUGGUCACUGUUGUCGAGCGGCUCAUAACGAUGCUUGCCGAGAACCCACUGGUAGAGCUUCAGCUGGAAAUGUUGCGGAGAAUGUACAAGUGCCACUCGGAGAUGAUUGUAGAAUACUGCUCUGGCACUUUGAUGACAACAAACUUGGAUCUGACACAGUUUUAUAAAAGGUAUCCCAAGGGCGAGUUUGAUCCCAGCCACAUUCCUUUUGCGCAGCCAAAUGACUGGAUGGAUGCAAGUCUCGAUGGGCCAGACGACCUCUUCUCAUUGGGCUCUCUGCCCGAGAAGUUGAGCAGUUUACGAGGAAGUCCCUAUCCAUUCCAAAGGGCCGGUGCAUCCUUGUCUCAGACACCAAGACUCUCGGAGGCUAGCGGAAGUUGGUCAAACCAGUGUCACGUUUCUGGAAUGACGAGUUGUCUUGAUGACUAUCUUCGACUCGACGAUGAGCAUUACACUCCAAUGCCGGUAGACGAUAAUCAGAUCACACAGGCUUACGAGCCAAUGGAUGAGGAGCUUCUAAAAUCAAGUAUAUAG